UUAUAAUCUUGCAUUUAAUGAUAAAUCCGGGGUGGUUUACCCAUUAAGGACUACUCAAACCCCCUCCGCUUUCUCCACAUAAAACCCCUUUCUCCUCUCUCAAUAAAACUCUGUUGAUAAAAGAUCAACGGUAUCCGCCGUCCACCACCGGCCACGGCCACCCGCUAAAUUAAAGACUCGGGGGGCAGGAAUAAGGCCAUAUACCUGUUAUUAAAACUGAGGUAUGUGUGGCAUUGGCUUUAACAAUCUGACACUCUGUGAUGGAUUCUAGAUUUAAAGGUAUUGGCUGGGUGGGGGGCAUUUACCAGAAGUUUGAAACGUUGUGCCAUGAGAUGGAUAAUAUCGUGAAUCAGGACACUGUCAAAUAUGUUGAGAAUCAGGCACAAAGUGUGGGUAAAAGCAUGAAGCGAUUUUAUUCUGAUGUUAUGCUUCCUCUAAAACAUGAUGCCAAAGGAGUGGCUUUAAAAAGAAGCACUACAAUUGGUACCUCUUUUGAAUCAAAGGUUGCUGAAGUUGAUCCCAUUGAAAAACGGCCUGAUCAUGCUUCUAAUGAACUUUUCCAUUCAGUUCAAUUAAGUAUUCCGGCUUCUGUUGAUGCCUUUGAUGGGGCAGACUCGGACAAAAUGUCCCCACUAGUUAGUGAUGUUAUGAAAACUACAAGCUCUGAUGUUAGCAGAGAAGAAAAUGCCAUAAGGAAAAUGGCAUCCAGGUCUGAUGUACCAGAGCUGAUAUCUCAGAGUGAGGAUAAAUUCAUUGAUAUGGAGUUCCAAUCCCCUAAAAGGGAGACAAGAGUUAGUGAUAAUACUACAGUUGAUGAGGUAAACAAGCAGCUUGAGUGUGGGUUUGGUGAGAUUUGCCAUGUAGACCAACCAGGUAACCUUAAUUCUGUGGAUUCCCUUUUGGGGAAACAAUAUGUAACUUCAGAACAAGUUGCUGGUUUUUUGAACGAUACAAAACCUGAAGUGAACCCAGAGGAACAUGCCACAAUGGAAAAGCAUUCAGCAUCCAUGGUGUCAGGUUUACUAUCUCCUUUUGAGAAGGAAUCCUCUGGAUCUUCAAUGUUGAGCAAGUUCAUUGAUUGUAAUGAGAAAGAAAUGCCUUUCGAAGCUGAGGUUCCUCCUUCAACUUCAGUUCAGGAUGUGAGAAAGCCAUCUGUAUCUGAUGUUUCAGAGUCAAUCUUUCCUGGUGAGGAAGAAUCAUUUGGAGCUUCAAUGGUGAAUGAGAUUGUUAAUUGUGAUGAUGAAAUUCCAUCUGUUGUUCAAUCUGAUGUUUCUUCUGCAACUUUAGUUCAGGGUGACCAAAACGAAAGAAAAGAUAAAAAUGAUCGUGCAGGUGUCUCUGACUGUGUCUCAGAUGCUUCAGGUGAUGUUACUUCUUAUAAAAUGACCUCUUCAGGCAUUCGCUCUGAGGAAGUUAUGGCAGAGGUUGGAGUCGUUUCUCCUUGUGGUUCAGUAUUAAAGGAAAUUAAUUUUCCGGAGAAGAAUUCGCUUGAACAUUCACCUGCAAAAGCUUUAAUUUCUCAUGAUCCCAUUAACGUGGCUGAAUUGACAGGACCCAUCUCGUCUGGCAAUGACUUGUCCAUGGCAUCUCCUGAAAAUGAUGCCUACAGAACUGCUAAUAGUCCCAAGUCCCUGACUGAAAUAUCAGGAAGCAAAAAUGUUUACUUUGGUGGUGAACCUGCUCAAAUUCAGGCUUUAUCCUUAUCUAAUAUUGGACAUAUAAAUGAUUCCACUGAUGAUAUCAAUAUUUCUUCCAUGGAAACCAUUGAAUUGUAUGAUGAGGUGAAGCUCGAGGAUAGCUGUCAUAUUCCCGAUGUUACUGCACUUUAUGCCGUCUCUCAUAUAAUGAAUAAACACAAAUCAUACAAGAAAAGAAUCAAGGAUGCUUUAACUUCGAAAAAGAGGCUGGUGAAAGAGUAUGAACAGCUAGCAAUAUGGUUUGGAGAUGCGGACAUGGGGUCAGACCACAAUCAUUUCCAAACUCCACAGCCCUCAUCCUCCACUGCAACCUCAAAGUCCAAAAAUACGCAAACGGAACUUGUAUGUGAUUCUGACUGGGAACUCCUUUAACCACUUAAACAAAUUAUGUUGAUCAGAUUAGCUUCAACCGGGUUCAUUCUCAAGCCUUUUCCUUGUGCCAUAAGAAUGAGAUACACUGUGAAUUUUCGUUUAUAUGCAGGUAAUCAGUCUGUCUUGUAAAUUAAAUUUCUAUCAUAAAUGGCACACAUUUCAAAGUUCAGUAUAUACCUAUUUCUUUUA